AUGAAGAGGUCCAGAGUAUCAUCAGUCAACAGAGUGGGGAAGCAGAAAUAUGUAGAUCUCAGCAUGUUGUCAGAUGCCGAAAAUCCACAACAUCUGGAAUUACUUGAGCCAGGAAAGCCUGUGGAGAAAACAAAGUCCCCGGGUGUUGAUCCUAAGCAACUGGCUGCAGAGCUACAAAAGGUUUCUCUGCAGCAGGCCCCAAUGAUGGCUUCCUCGGCCAUGGAAAAGGGCUCCUAUGCACAUUCCGGAACAGCGUCAGCCAACUCUAGCUCCAUUCCAAGCCCUGGCCAGCCUGGUUCUCCUUCAGUCAGCAAGAAGCGGCACACUGGCAGCAAGCCCACUGAAGCAUCAAAGUCUGGAUCCCAUCCAAUAACUGGGGAAAUUCAGCUUCAAAUCAACUAUGACAAGCACCUUGGUAAUCUAAUCAUUCACAUUCUUCAAGCAAGAAACCUUGCUCCCCGGGACAACAAUGGCUAUUCUGAUCCUUUUGUCAAAGUCUACCUUCUACCUGGAAGAGGCAUUGAGAACAAGAGGAGGACAAAGUAUGCACAGAAGAGCUUGAAUCCUGAAUGGAACCAGACAGUCAUUUAUAAAAAUAUCUCCAUGGAGCAGCUGAAGAAGAAAACCCUGGAAGUUACUGUCUGGGACUAUGACAGAUUCUCUUCAAAUGACUUCCUUGGUGAGGCAUUAAUUGAACUGUCUAGUGCCUCUCAACUGGACAAUACUCCACGGUGGUAUGCUCUGAAGGAACAGAGUGAAAGCAUUGAUCAUGGGAAAUCCUAUUCUGGGCAGAGCACCCAGCAGUCCCCAAAACCAUCCGUCAUCAAGAGCCGAAGCCAUGGCAUUUUCCCUGACCCAUCAAAGGACAUGCAGGUGCCCACCAUUGAAAAGUCCCACAGCAGUCCAGGAAGCUCCAAAUCUUCUUCUGAAGGACACCUGCGCUCUCACGGACCAUCCCGCAGCCAAAGCAAAACCAGCGUCACUCAAACUCACCUUGAAGAUGCUGGGGCGGCCAUCGCUGCUGCUGAAGCAGCUGUCCAACAGCUCCGCCUUCAACCAAGUAAAAGACGCAAAUAA